UGAAGUCGGCGCGGACGUGCAGUGCCCGCGCGGUCCCCGACGCCUGUUGCCCCGCCGGCCGAGACCAUGGCGUUCAUGGUGAAGACCAUGGUGGGUGGCCAGCUGAAGAACCUCACCGGGAGCCUGGGGGGCGGCGAGGACAAGGGAGAUGGGGACAAGUCGGCCGCCGAGGCGCAGGGCAUGAGCCGAGAGGAGUACGAGGAGUAUCAGAAGCAACUGGUGGAAGAGAAGAUGGAGCGGGAUGCACAGUUCAUGCAGAGGAAGGCAGAGCGGGCCACGCUGCGGAGUCACUUCCGAGACAAGUACCGACUGCCCAAGAAUGAGACAGACGAGAGCCAGAUCCAAAUGGCAGGUGGGGACGUGGAGCUGCCCCGGGAGCUGGCCAAGAUGAUUGAGGAGGACACAGAGGAGGAGGAGGAAAAGUCGUCAGUGCUUGGGCAGCUGGCCAGCCUCCCUGGCUUGGAUAUCGGCUCCCUCAAGGACAAGGCCCAGACUACACUGGGAGACCUCAAGCAAUCUGCUGAGAAGUGCUACAUCAUGUGACCGUGUUCUCUGGGGUGGCCACUGGGCAGCCAGAGGGCUGGGCUUCCAUGAGAGCCAAAAGGGACCUGUACCCCGCUGGAGCUCUGUUCCCUGCACCAGGUUGGCCUCUGACCCUUUUUACCCAUGCCCAAGUUGCCUCUGGUCCACAGGAGUGAAUUCCCAUUCCCUACCCUAUCCCAGGGGGUGCUGCCUGGCAAUCAGCCUGGGAGACCUCCAAGUCUGUAAGAAAAAGCUGCUCCUCUCUGGGUGUGCCCCCACUCCUGAACACAGGUGCCCUUACAGAGGGACACGAAACCCCUGGCCCACAGAGAUAUAUCCCUUGUGUAUCCAGACCCUUCAGGCACUAGCCCCAGAUGCCAGCAGAGGGGAACCUGUGCAGCACCCUCAGCAGACAGGAGGCUGCAUUCCAGUCCCUAUCUUUAUUGUCCUUGAAGGCUGCUCUUUCUGGCCUCAUCAUCUGUCAAAUGGGAACAGACUAGGUAAUUUCUAAGAUUCUGGCAUGGCAUCCUGGCCACGUGGAGCUGAGCCCACAGCCCUCCUUGGGAAUGGCAGCAGCUGUACCAUGGCGGUAGCAGCUGCCACCCAGGCUCUGAAGCUGAGCAAUGCUGAGAGGGGCAGAGUGCCAAGGAUGGGGCUGGCACCGAGCAGUAGCCCAGGCAGCUCCAGGCCUCUCUGGGCCUAGGGCCCAGCCAAUUUCUGUCCUGUUCCUGUAGAACUCUCUCUCUCUCUGAAUUCCAUAGCUGGAAUCUCCUCUCCCAGCUCAGUAAAAAAUAAAAAUUCCAGAUGACAUGGCCAUCUUCCCACCUCUUCCUGAUCUUAAGUCUGGGAGCCUACUCCUCAGAGUCUGCCCUUGGAGGGGUAACCUCUUCCUCCUCACCUAUGCCUUCAUAUGAGGGAGGGGACAUCAGUGCCAGGGGCCAUCAAUGCCAGCCCCUACAGGAAGUUCAGGCUCUCCCCUUGCUGGGCCCUGGGUAAGGGAGCAGCAGGUCCAGUCUGGGACUGGGUGAACUAAGAUGGGCUCAGGGGCUGGGGCAGAUGUGGCAGCCAGCUGGAUGGGGUUGUGUGUGACAAGGUGGGGUAUGGGGAUGUUACCUAAGACUACAGCUGUCUCUGGCCCUUGUGUCUGUACCCAUCCCCAAGAUGCAACGGAUAAACAGGUGGAACCAGAAGAGGGCAAAGCGACUGCACCUCAGCCCAGCACUGCUGUGUGGCUUUCUCCAGGUCCUUUCCCUCUCUGAGCCCACCCAGAAUAACAAUGAUACAUG